CUCUGUUCUCUCUGCAGGUGCUCUGCUAUGUUAGAGGGGGCCUGGAAGACAGGGCUUUUAUGGCCUCUUCUCUGCACCACCACAUGGACUCUGGCUUGGGCACUGGUGCCAACAGGGGAUUCUUCAGUCAGUCCCACCCUUCAGAGGACCACGGCCUUUCCUGCUGAUGAAGAUGAGGAGAACAGCACACUGUCCCCUGCCAGUAACUACACAGAUGUGCUGUGUGUGUCGCUGUUACCCCCGCAGCGAGGUUCAUUUUCAGUAGAGAAGGGUACAGGAGUGUCUGUGGGCACAGUGCUGGCCUUCUGGUGCAGUGAGGGCUUCCAGCUGGUGGGCAGUCAGAGGAUUUCCUGCGUGCUGCAGGGCGGCACUGCUCAUUGGAGCAACCUCCUCCCCAUGUGUGAGGCCAUCCCCAAACCAGAGGACCGCGGCUUACGAGUGGCUGUGCUGGCAUCAGUGGUGAGUGGCAUCAUCAUCCUCGCCAUGUCCGUGUCCUUCGUCAUCUGCUGCCUACAAGAACGAAUGAGCAAGGACAGAGGAGAGCGGAGGAGGAGAGACAAGGAUCAGUCCUGUGAUAAGAGUGAGUGUUGGUUGGAAAGGGAUGAGGGAGACUGGGACGAAUUUCCUCCUCCAAAGAUUUACCAUCUGUCCCAGUGUCUGGAACCUCAUCUCACUCUUGACAGCCCCCUGUACAUGGGCAGCCUUGCAGGCUAUAAGAACUAUGGCUAUCAGAGGAGUCAGGAGAGCCUGCUGAGUGCCCCGCUUCCUGGCCUAUACCAUAUGGAGAGUCAGGUGUACCCCCACGUGGUUCUGCAAAAAGUGCCCACACCAACAGCUCCAACUGUGCCAAACACCACCACCGCCCCGGCGUAUCUUCACCUUUCCACCCCACCAUACAAAGACAGCCUCCCUGCUCAGCCUGUACUGCCUCCCUAUCCCAAACCACCCUACAGCAGUCCUUCUGUCACAACACAGUGCCCCUGGCCAUAACAACAAAAAAUAGCAAAACAGAUGUGACUACAAACUCACUUUAAUUUUUACUGUAUGGGUUUUCCAUCAACCCACCAAGAUCUUCCUCUCCUAGAUAGUGUGUACUGUAUGUCUCAGUACUCAGAGACUAUUUUCUGACCCCAAAUUACACUUCUUAGAUGUACUGUUGCUCAUGUAAUGUAGACUUUAUUACAAUUUGUGUGAGCUGAUGCUUUCAAAUACAUCCUUUAACCACUAUGUCCUUGUAGCAUGCUGAAGGUUUACAGACUGAACCACAAACAGCAGAAACUACUAACAUGGGCAUUUGACUGCUUCUUUAAACCUCAGUUUCAACUUCUACCAUGUCUCUCAACUUUUUAGCAUUUAGUAACUUUCCCUACAGCUUAUUAUGAACAUUUUACAUUCUCCUUAUACAUUUUUGUUUUUCUUCUUCUUUGUGGAGGAGACAUGUGGAGAACACUGAUGUGCUAUACUCAUAGUUGCGAAGAUCUCAUAAAACUUUGGCUAUUAAAACCUCAUUUUUGAAAACUAA